AAUUUUGCGGGAAGUGAAAAGUAUACUUUCCCGAAUAAAAAAAAAAUGAAGUUGGCAGUUUAUAAUGACGUUUUGAAUAUAAUGCAGGAAUACAACACUCGUGAAUGCUUUAGACUGAUACAAGACAAAUAUCCUGAUUUGUCAAUCAAUACUUUAGGCAGCAUCUUUUCUCAAAAUUACCAGAAAAAGAUGAAGAAGACCCAUCAUAUUCAUUACAAUCCAGAAAAAAUGAACGACUACUUUCAGCGAUACAAUUCGACGAUCAAGAAAAGAGAGAAGCAUGUGUUACUAAGACUGGCAGAUGAACUUGACCUUUCACCUGCACUCCUUGCAAGAAUUAUACUAGAAAGGUACUUGUCACAAACUGAGUAUGCUGGAGAAACUGCCCCAAAGCCUAGAGUGACUCAAAUGAUGAGAGACCCUUCAUUAAUAACGAAUUCAGUUCUGUCUACAGAAGUUCAAGAGUGUAUUUUAAGUGAUGAUCACUAUGGUCCUAUAGUAGAUAGCAUCAAACAUGGAAUUGGACAGGAAUAUGAAUUUAAACUUACAAAAAAGUUAGACACUUUAGGAUAUGCUUAUUUACACGAGGAUCAUAUGCGUGCAAGGGGAUAUGACAAGACUCCUGAUGUUAAACUUGAAGUGCCAAUUAGUGUUGAUGGCUAUAUUGUGAACUGGAUUGAAAGUAAAGCUUCUUUUGGUGAUGAAUUUAGUAAUAGAAACUAUCUAAAAGACCAGUUUUGGAGUUACUGGAAUAGGUUUGGACCGGGAAUGGUUAUCUAUUGGUUUGGCUUCAUUGAAGAAUUAGAUGUACAUCGAGACAAAGGGAUCAUAUUGAGAGAUAGUUUUCCUGAUAAUAUUGUUUGUUUGAAUCCGAUGGCAAAAGUUAAAUAAUAUGAUAAAAAGUUUAUAAAAGUUG